AUGUUCUGCGACGUGCGCGACCAAAUGGACAUCGCGCGCCGAGAGAUCUUCGGCCCGGUGCAGCAGUUCAUGAAGUUCUCGCAGAUCGACGAGCUGCUGGAGCGCGCCAACGACACGCACUACGGCCUCGCCGCCGCCCUCUUCACCGGAUUGAUUGAGAUUGGACAAGGCCAACUAUCUCAUACAGGUACCUACCUACCUCUCUCUAUCUUUCAAUUAUAUUAA